AGAUGACUGUCCGGCUGAUAGGAAAUAAUGAAAUAUGAUUUCCCCGGGUGGUGGUGGUGGAUUUGCGAUUUACGAGCAAGCAAACAAAGUAAUAAGCCAGGAUCUGGACUAUGCAUGCUGGGUUUUUCUCAAAUUCUUUCUCCAAAACAAUAUUUACAUAAACUUAAAAAGUGAAAAUUUUGCAACGUGGUGACGGUUAAUUUAGUAGGAGAGUGUAAAACGAGUAGUGGUCGAUUUUUUAGUUAAUCGAAUAAGUUUUAGACGUUUUUUCAUUGUUUUAGAAAUAGUACAUAUAAUACAAUCUAAAUAAUUCUACCGUCAGUCGACGACGAUUAUAUGGAUAAUGGCUGGACGUUUUAGGUGUGUGCAUUGUGAGUAUUCGACUGAUAGAAACGAUUCUCUCACCAGGCAUGAAGAAAGAAGGAUCAGAAAGAGAGGGCAGUGUCCCACUUACAGGAGAGGUACCGAGGACCCAGUUACUGGCAACACGAUUUACAACUGCAGUUUACCAUCAUGUGAUGCAAGAUUCAAUGAUGUAAAGGACAGAUAUGACCAUGAGAAGGAGCAUUACGCCAAAAGUGAUGAUGAUGUAGUCGGAGUCAACGUUUUGCACAAAUAUCAAUGUUCAAUACCAGAAUGCGCACAAUACUUCUGCAGAAAGGAGUUCCUUUACAUUCAUGAACAAAUCCACCAGGACAAGCCAUCAUUUGUUGGAUACAAUAAACACGGCGAACUUGUUUCAGAAGAAAAUGAAGAUGGAGAAACAGUUUUCAGAUGCCAGGAACUGGGUUGUGAUAAAGAGUACACACUAAAAUCCAACCUAGUGAAGCAUAUUUUUCUCCAUCACACGCCCGUUUUGCCUCUACAAGAACUCCGUGAAUCUGAAAUGAAGAUUAAAAGUCCAGUCUGUUACACACACAUGCCAGAACAACGGACUCUAGUUCUUCCCAGACCACUGGCUGAUCUCGACAAAGAAAUUGAUUGGAUGCUUAAUUGGGUUAAGGUGCAUAUGGAGUACAAACUACACCUAAGUGAUCUGAAACCAUUUGUUGUCUACAUCGCCGCGGUCCUCGGUAAGGAUUUUAACAAGGGGGUCGACAUCCGCAGCUUCAUUCAGGAUCAUCCGGAGCAGGUAUGGCUGUACUUUGGACGAGAUGCCUCUGGAUCACUCGACAUCCACCGUCAUCAUGAAGAUAACCCGGAGUCUUCUCCACUCGGAACAGCUGCAAGUCAGGGUCUGACGGUGGUUUGCCUGCACAGGGAGGAAUUUACUGGGGAGUGGGCCGAAAAAACCAAGCGGAUGUGUACAUACGAAGCGUGUUUAAUCGAAUUAGCCAUGACUGAUGCGGAGUAUGAACCAGUUCCUGGCAUUCCGCAGUACAACAUUCUCAACCAACAUCGUGAAAGGAAUGAGAUGGCUCAUGGAAGUGACGCCAAAAUUGAAAAUGUCAUCAAUGAGGGCGUAAGAGGGAUCCCCUUAAUCUGCACGAAGAACGCCUGCAAGCGGACUUACUGUGAAGCCUCAUCCACCCCAAAUGGAGCCAAGAUCUGGUGGUUGAGAUGCCAAAGGUCAAGAAAGCUAAGAUUGAAGAAGAAUGUGACCAAUUUCCAGGACCUGGCUAUUCCCCUCCAGCUAAAAAGUCUCGUCCGAAAAGUGAUGCAUCUCGCAAGAGUCAAGUCGUAAAAAGGAGGAUGGAAUUCAGAGCAAAAAUGGAAAACUAUGACCCAAGCCACACUGUGUACACCGUAAUCACACCAGAAGGUACCCAGUUUUCUGGCUCAGCGAGAAGAAUUUGCGAAGAAAUCAUCACCCGAAAGGAA